AUGAAGCUAUUGAUCUUGGUUUGUCUCCUUGCCCUUCAUACGAAGCCUUGCAAGUCAGAUUUAUACAUGCAUUUCCCGCCAGGAUCCAAUAAUCGCUUGAAUGGCGCGGGUGAAAACGUUGCAAACAAUGCCAGACUCUUUGAUUCACAGGUAGGCCGCCCCUAUCCAAGACUUGAUUUACUUGCAAAAGCCUAAAAUAUUAACAUCUUUUGUCGGCCCAAACGUUUAGAUAUAUUAGAGUAUUGCUUCCUUGAAAAGGAGAAAUAACGCUAGUCUGAAAUUUCAAAUUUUGUGAUUGGCGCGAGACCAAUCUAAACAUGGCUAGAGCUUUCCCAUUUUAGUCUUAGUCUUGGAUGAACGCCAUAUAUAGCUUAAAAGAAGAAGCUUAAAAUGUCCUCAUAAUUUCAAGGCUUUAACGUUUGAUUACUCAAACAGAAGUCGUAGGUGUUUUUAUGUUCGUAAUUCCCUGGACCGUAAAUGGAUCUGCUUUCUCAUGGAGGAGCGCACGAAAGUUAACUUAAAAAACCUUGGGUCUAAUCAACUCGUUAGAGCGCAUUCAAUUUGUCUCUUAAAGUUCCGAAGUUCAAAGUUGGGGAUUUCUAAGGGAGAGCGGUCUAAACCUUUUAGGUAGAAAUGUGGUUAAUAUAUUUUUAACCUCAACUCAGCCCAACCUGUUUAUUUCUUAGUAGAGUCAGAACUUCUGACAAAAAAACAUUCAUCUCUUUUUACUUUGUUUUUAGAACAACGACAAGUGCGGAUACAAUGUGGGUGACAAAUAUGAUGAUAACCCCGGAGAUUAUAUCAACGAGAAAAGACAAGAACCAAUGGUAAGGCAAGGCAAACCUUAGGUGCUAUUAGCUUGGUUUGUAACAUGUAUGAUACUAAAGUGUCGUGCAGAGUAUGGGAGAAGAUGGAUCAAGGUAAAAAGCCCGAGGGGGGAAGCCCUGUCAUCGGGGGAACAACACUCUUAGUUACACCACAGAAACCGCGAGAAACUCCUAUGAAACGGAUCACUAGGUGUGUAAGGUGCCCGACCCUUCUGAAGCAAAGUACAUUUUUUAGAUGUGCAUAUGCACUAUAUUUUACAAUUAUCUGGUAAAAGUUGAAAAAAUCAAACAAAGUUGUAUAUUUUAAUUUUUUCGUUUUUUUGAGGAAUUUUACAUGAGCGGAUGCUCCUCUCAUGCAAAAACUGAAGUGGAUAUCAUGUGGACAAAUCAGCAUGGAACAGGACCAAAGACUGACGACAGGGUGGAAACACAAGUCAUCUUACAGUACAUGUGCCAGCCGUUCCCGGGGGGCGAGAUGCCCACUGGUGAUGUGGAUGCCGACUACGAAUAUCACACCAUUCGAAAUGGUCAAACAUCCACGUCUAACACAUUUGCUGAUCAGACUCAAGAGUCAAAUCAAAUUUCGAAACAUAACGGACUUCAUGAGCCGUACAACUAUUAUCAGGCUUACUAUCGCAGAUAUAGAAAUAAGGGUAUGAUUGCUGUUUAUCUCUCUCUCUCUCUCUCUGUACCUCUAUCUAUCAAUUUUAGUUUAGUAUUUAUGAGGUCUUUACCCAAAGGGAAUAGUUACUGUGGCAACCAUCUUACAAGGUAAGAUUGCCGUUUCUCUCUCUCCUCCUCUCUGAGCCUCUCUUUACCCAAAGGGAACCGUUACUGUGGCAACCAUCUUACAAAUCAGAAAAGUAUAAAGACAUCGAACAAUUAGACAAUUUGUAUUUCAAAACACCAAAUUGUGUUUUACCAGGAAUCUAUCUGUCCUUUAAAAGAGAAUAUUUUUAUCCUUUACAGGUUUGUUCACCGCUGACCAGCAGCUUGCUGGCGAUUUACCAAUUUACACGCGGCAGAAUAGUCAAGGUACCAUAAGGGGCAUGGAGGUCCCCGAAGAACGCGAUUACUAUCCAUACUGGGGACCCACACCAUGGAAGGAUAUUGCUAUCCUUGUCAGCGAUGGAAAGACUGAGGAGCUGAUGAAGAGAUAUGUUAAUAGUUCCAAUUAUGGGCUCAAAUGUAAGGCAUAUCACCAGCAAUACUCGAUCAUGAUCGUUUCUAUUCCUCUGAUACUUAUUUCUUACUUUCCAUUUUAGAUAUGUGCAUUAUGCCAAAAGGGCUAAAAGAUCAAACUGACUGCCCCCCAGACAACCAAGGUGUUGUUGCUGAAAAAUGUGUGGCCAAAUACAUCACCAGGGACAGGUGUAUAGCGGCCAAAGGAACUUGGACAGGGUUCAUCACAAAUUACUUGGAGAGGACUGCCGGAGUAUUGAGCACUUGUAAAGGUGUGGGUGACAUGAAGCUGGCAAAAGGCGUGCCCUACGAGGCACAUAAGAUAUCACAAGGAUGUGAUAACAAGAAACAGUUUAUUCUUCUCGAGAGACCUCCUGAAGUGAUCUACGCCCCAUCUACCGCCGUCAACCACAAUGGAAUCAACAUGGAAGGCAAAUUUUCCUCUUACAAAUGGAAGGUCCCUUGCUUCCCAUCCAACACAACACAGCGUUGUGUUAUACGGAUAAGGUGAGAAAGAUCAAAUGUAUGUUUUAUAAAAGUUUGAUAUUUAGCAUCCUACUUUCAAUGGAUAAUCACAUUCUAUUAACUCGUCCACGAAUUCAAAUUCUUAAGCAAGUUGGUGACAGGACUGAAUAAAUUUCCAAAAGCUACAUCAGUUUGUACUGUCUUCAAAUGUUAUCAAAUUGUAUAGACCACAGAGGUGAAUAGUGGUUUAUGUGCGUGCCGAUUGGCUGGUUUUGGAAGUUUUUAGCAAGUACAGCGCUAAUCAUCUUCGAGCAGCCGAAGAGACAAAAUGCCCUGUCAGCAAUUUAAUUUCCGACCGUUUUUUGGUAUAUUGACAGAAAAAAACUGAUUUUUUUUUGGUUCCUGUGUGGUAUAUAUACUAAUUUUUCACCUCAGUGUCGGUGCAAGUAGUGUUUAUUACCCCCAGUUCAGUGAAUGAUUGAUAUACACAUAUCUAUGUUUUUCUAGAUACAACAUCACCACUGAUGACGUACCGAGGGAAUUCAAUGCUUCUCAUAAUUACAAGUAGGUAUCGAUAUCUUGCGCUCUUAUUUCUUGAUUUACUAAGGAGUUUAGAAAAAAGUGUUCGAAACAUGCUGCAAAUUUGGCAAGCUAAUGUCAGAAUCAGCACACGGAAAUCUACAUUAAGUUAACAGCACAAGUUAAAAAGGGACCCGUGAACCAGUUUAGAAUGGAAGGUACUACUUGGCUAAGUAAAGAAGAAUAGCUCCUAAAUAAUUCCAAAUUUUAGCCUUUACACAUUUUAGAGCAGCGCUUAGAACAUUGCGUGACGGUUGAUUUUGUAUUUGCAGACUCGAAAAUAACCCGAAAACAAAAUCCGUUGAUAAAACAGAGCUACAACUGGCCUUGAAUACCGCACAAGUCGGGAGAACCUUCCAAGACAGAAGUCAUGUGAUCCUCCUUAAAGCGCGAAACAUAAUGCAACCGGAACAUCAGAAUCGCACCAUUCGUUACAUCGGGGGGAUUGGAAAAAGAGGAAACAUUGUACAGACCUAUCCUGCCAUGGAAUAUCGUUUUUUUCCUGAACGCAUUACUGUCACAACAGAGGAAAUUGUAUGUUUCGUCUGGUCUGGUAUGAAGAAAAACCUUUAUUUAGCAUCAUGAAUUAAUUAUUUUCUGCAAAAAUUAGCUGUAGCUGAAAGAGAAAUUUUCGACUGUCGUUGUAUCCUUUUGUUUCACAAUUUCCUCAAUCCUCAUCCCAUUAAUUUAUAAACUCUUAUUGUACAGACACAUGAAUAUCAUGUUGUACCAAAAUUGCAUCAAAAAUUAAUUUUUGCUAUCUCUUUUGGUUCUUAAGGUUCUAACAACAAUCCUCAGCACUAUGAUGGACAAGGAACACCUGGUAAGAAAUUGGUGGACAUAUCUAUCACAAUAUUCUCAGUAACAUAAAAUAAUGGCCAGAUCACGCUUAUGUUACUGCCAUGAUCCUGGAUGAGAAAAAAUGGACGCAGUUUACUCAAAACUUUGCGUUUUCUUUUCCCAGGAACGGAUCGCACAAACGUGUGUUGGAUUAAGGAAGGGUGCAAAACUCUGGCGCCGAAAUCUUGUUCCAGGCUCCCCUUUGACGUCGUUGAAUACGUUGAAAGAUUUGACAGCUACACUUUGAAUCUUCACCUCAACAGGGGGUGUUUAGCCCGUGACAAACCACUGGAUUCUCAACUCAAUAAUGCCCCAGCCUCCUGCAACCCACCGUGCUUCCGCAUUACGAAGCCUGGGGAGUACUGUUACAUGGGUACGCGCAAUAACAAUUUCUCCAAUCGACGUCACAUUGGUCAGAUUACUGUCAUCAAACCUGCAAAGUGAUAUAACAUUAUAUGCUAUAGCUAAAUUCAGGAUCAUUACUCGAUGGUGUAGGUUUUUCAAUGUUGGGAAUUUCGUGGCAAAAAAUAAAACGCGGAAAUAAGGGCAUUUAUGUUUAGUUCACGGUUGUACUUCAUUUUCAUUAAAGGUGUUGGUAUUUGCGAACAGUUAUCUUGAAAAAUAAAGUGAGAAAUUAUGGGUUAUAUGUGCAUUCGUGGCUAAUUUUCUUAGUGGAUGACCUUUUAAGAUGCAAUUCGUUUUAAUUUCUCAAGCAUUUAGCGAAUUAAUAUCAAAGACAAUAGCUUAUAUUUCAAAAUUACUUUAUAAGUACAGCGACAUGAACAAACUCUUGUGUUAACUUCCGCAUAUGCAAUUAAUUAGGCCUUCCAGUAGUGACCGCCUAGGCGUCAAUAGGAACAUCCACACAAGUGCUAGUAGUAUGGCUUAUAACUAAUCACAGAGCAGUAUUUUGUACCACAUGACCCAUUUUCACCGAUCACAAUGCGUAAAUGAGCCACACCCCAAAACUUGAAAAAACAACGUCUAAUUAUUCACCUAACCAUGGUAAGACCAAAAACCUCUUGAGACUUAAAUUGAGAACUUCAAGACUCAGCACCGAUUUGUUUCCCCGAGAAAUUUAGAUGUACUGUAUCACUGAUUCAGUACGGGCUGUUGGCCAUUGAUCCAAUUCAAAUCUCAUCGGCCCUUAAGCCCAGUCUUAUUCUAGUCUUCCUUAAGAGUAAAAUGAAAAUUCCUUCAUUAACAUGCAUUUACGAAGAGUCUCAUUCAGUCUUUUUCAUCUCUGGUGUAAAGAAGCUUUUAUCAAAUCAGUUUACAUCAGACGACAAACGAUGAUCCCAACUCCUUUGACUAAUCCCCUUUUAGAAUAAUUCGAAUUAAGUAACCAGUAUUACAUACAUUCUAUGAACCAGUUCACAAUAUGGGCGUUGUUGGUUUUUGGCAUUGCCAUCUUAAGUAGCCCGGUGAAACUUUCUGCGAUCUUUUUUAAAGGAAAGCAAAUACAAAUUACAAAUCCUGGAGUAAAGAAGUUUGAUUACUUGGUAAUGACAUGUAUUUGUUUGGGCUAACCAGGAUCUGUUGGCGAGUUUUCCUUUGUGAUCGUUUCAUAAUAAAUUUAAUUUGCGCCCUUGAUUAUUACAGAAACGCGUUAUGAACAAUUUAGGAAAUUCUGCAGUGAUACUUUGCACUGAUCUCCAUUAAUUAGGACUCGAUGUAAAAGAUAAGUGAUGACUUGAACUAAAGACACUCUAAGUCGUAGCCAGGGCAAUUAGGAAACACUCCUUACAAAAAUUUCCGGGAGCCAAUACUUUGCUCAGAGAAAGAGUUGCCGGGGCUGCAACGCAUAAUUUCAUCAUAGAGAAGCUCAAAUUGUUUAUUAAAAUCGUGGGAAGAGGAAAUCGCGUAAGAAGAGCUCGAGUCAUACGAAAAAAGAACAUGGGAUACACAGGGCACCCUAAAGCUCCCUCUCAGCUUAAUAUUCCAGUAGUUUAUUUUCGCACUUACUUCAUUUGUGGCGUAAAAAAGUGCCUCACGCGAUUCAUUCAUCACGUGCGCAAACCUAUGCGAAGAUGCAGCAAACGUAAUAACAUCUGCAAUCAAUUAGUUCGUGUCAGUGUCAUAUGUCACGCGAAAGACACUUUUCUUUACAUAUUAUUCAGAAUGCAAACUUUCUAUGAGCAACAUAGAAAUUAAUUCGUGUCAGUACAAUUAGUUCCACGAAAGACACUUUUCUAUAAAUAUAAUUCAGUUCGAGUGAUAACUUGAACUAAAGACUCUAAGUCAUAGCCAGGGCAAUUACGAAACAUUCCUUGUAAAAAUUUCCGGGAGCCAAUACUUUACUCAGAGAAAGAGUUGCCAGGGCUGCAACGCAUAAUUUCAUCAUAGAGAAGCCCAAAUUGUUUAUGCAACAAAGGUAAUAACAUUAUCCUGCAAUCAGUUUAAAUUAGUUCGUGUCAGUGUAAUAUAUCACAUGAAAGACACUUUUCUUUACAUAUUAUUCAGAAUGCAAACUUUCUAUGAGCAACAUAGAAAUUAAUUCGUGUCAGUGCAAUUAGUUCCACGAAAGACACUUUUCUUUACAUAUAAUUCAGAAUGCAAAGUUUCUAUGAGCAACAGCACGCGCUUUGUAUAUUUACUUUCCACGUGCGGUAUCCCAGGCCUUGGCCAGUUCCUUACUUCUUUCGGUAGAAAUUGUCACUGCAAUGGCAGACGAAACUUUAAGCACAAGCUCAAACAUUGCUUCACACUAAGCAAAAAAAUUGUAGACGUUAAGAAACCAUCCGAAGCAUUAGACGAAACGAAUAUCUAGAAAAAUCUCCUGAAAAUUAAAACGCGAACACCAACAAAUAAAGUUGAUAGAUUAGCUAAUGAGGUACUCCAAGACAUUUCUCCAACGCAAUAAAUCAGGGAGCUCACAAUGUCAACAGCAACCAAUAGACACAUUGCCUUUUCUAAAUGUUUUGUUUAUAACAAUGCUUUGAGAGUUAGUUGGGCAGAUUGCUCAUGAGUUCGAAACCGUAAGGAUCAGUCUUAGACCUUUAAGUUCAGUAAACGUUAAAGCACUUUUAAAACUCUUAGUUUAAAAAGAUAUAAGGUAAGGAAUGAAGGACUUAUUUUAUCUCAAAGCAGGAACGUAACACAGAUGUUUCUUGAUAAAUGAAAAGAAUGAAAUGUCUUGUUUACUUUACACCCCAUCAAGGCACACGGAAGACAAGCCGCUAUCAAGAAAAGGGCGAAAAUCAGCUACUUCGUGCGCCACAUAGGACAUCGAGGUAGAUAUUCUCUAAGAAAUUCAUGACCCUGAGUUUCGUUUCUUUCUAUGUUACACAUAAUUACGUUUUAUGGUAUACACUUAUCGCAAGCAAUUUUCAAAAUUUCCAGCGUUCUGGAAUUACAUAGUCAAAAGCUUAUAGAAAUUUUCUCUUAAUAACAGUCAAUCAUAAUUCGUUCGAAAUAAAUUUUAUUUUUAAAAACUGAAAUUAUGUCUUUUUCUGCAAUGGCGUAAAUUGAACUUCCCCAGCGAAAAUUAUUGCAUUACUUGAGAAUAUACUUUAAAAUCUUCAUUCAAUUUCAACUUGACAAUUUUAAAGUUUGUUUCUUUCAGUUACACCAGACAUAAUGAAGCUAUUGAUCUUGGUUUGUCUUCUUGCCCUUCAUACGAAGCCUUGCAAGUCAGAUUUAUACAUGCAUUUCCCGCCAGGAUCCAAUAAUCGCUUGAAUGGCGCGGGUGAAAAUGUUGCAAACAAUGCCAGACUCUUUGAUUCACAGGUAGGCUGCCCUUUCCAGAAAAACGAUUCAGAGCUUGAGUCUCGGAUUUUUUUGGUGCAAACCACAGAGCAUUAUAUAAUUAUUUUGUGACAGAAAUUGAACACAACUCUGAUCAAAGUCAGUUAGGCUGACAUCAUGAUUUCUAUGUCACUAGCUACCGCUGUUUAUACAUUAGUUCUGUAUAAUGUAAAAAUUUCUUAGUUAUCUUGUGGUAGAAGACUGUCCAGGAAAAAUUUCAACUCGUCUUUACCUCUAAGGUUUCCAAAGUCGCCCGGAUUUGCAGUCAGAUCACCGUCUUUUCAGGACUACCAUCACCUGGACUACCAAGUUGCAUGUUUCAUUUUCACAGUAACAUAGUUAACUGAAAAAGACUACCACACUUUUCCCUAAUGUUAAAGGAAAAAGACGAAAGUUAAGCUAAGGUAUCUUUCUGCAAUGAAAAUCCAUCAAGGAUGUUGAUUAUUACUGAAACAGAUAUGUCAUAAUUUGAACGUGGAACAUAUACUCUCAUUUGACGUACAGUUAAAUACGAAAAAAUUUUAUAUAUUUUUCGCAUCAUUGUUUUUGAAAUAAUAAACCAAUCACACUCCUUGACAAAAGUUCUGAAUUCUUCAAUAAUUUCAAAAGGGUUCAUAACGUUUUAUAUGAUUGAUGGUCAGAUCAGUGUGAUAUUUUUUUGUGUCAUACACUUCUACAUGAUGUAGUCCUAAAAACCCUUAAUCGUCUUUAAGGCAUGAAUUUCGGAACCAUUGUUAAAAAAAACCUAGCAGUAAUUGUAAACAGUUAAUCUCUGCAAUAUUAGGCAAACCUUAAAGCCACCUGAAGAGCAAUGGAGAAAUUAGAUUUAUUCUCUAUUAAAAUUUCCUUCAUUUUUUAAGACGAUCAAUUAUCAAGUUUUUAUAUUUCAUUAUCUUUUAUUGAUUAGUCUGUAUUGUGUGUGUUUUUAUCAAUUCUAUCUAUACUCAAGCAAUAUGAACGGGAACUUCAUGGGUAAAUGUAACAUGCAAAGAAAAAAAAACGGAGCAAUUGUUGAAGAAUACACAAAUAGUUGUAUGCUUGUUCAUGUAGUGUACUGCUUAAAUUAUAGCACGUCAAUGCAAUGGCUAUCAAUUUGAGAUGAUUACGAAUGGGCCAGAAGCAAACUUUUCCAACCAUAUUCAAGCAUGUCUUCCAGGUCCCGAGCACGAAGUUAACCUGACAGCAGUUUAGAUUUUUCAAUUCUAAACUCAUAACAGUCUUCGUGAUCUGUGUCGAUAAAAAAGUGGUUUCAUUCAUUGGCGGGACAAACAACUUAAUUCUUACGAUUCGAGCGACUAAAAAUGUAUCACGUAAAACGCCAAUAUACACAGUAACAAAGUUUACACUGCAUAGAAGGCAAACUAUGGUUCAUUUCUUUGUGGUUGUUACCGAAAACCCGUGAAGCACCUAAAAGCAAUUUAACGUUCAUUUAUUUCAUUUUUUCAUUUUUCAUUUUUUGGCGCGACAAAAAACUUUAAAAUUCUUACAGUUUGAGGGAGUGUAUAUCUAUCUUGUAGACCAUCAAACACGGUAAUGCAAAAUAACAGGUGUGUAUUUCUGUGUUUGUGCGUGGUUUAACCCAUACUGCAAACCCUCAAUUUUCCCUCUCUUGGAAUUUUGCGGUCUUUCAUGUAAGUCUGAGGGUGCAUAUCAAUGAAGUUUAAAUUACCGCGUUCUCAAAUCAUUUACAAUGCUGAGCACUAAUUUCUUUCUGCAUAGCGAAUUCAAAUAGUGUCGGAUUUACUCGCAAGAAAAGCUAUAAGUUUUGGUGAGAGUAUCAAGGACUGUAAAGAUCUGCUUUCUCAAGGUGAUGAAAGGUAACUUGGAAAAUAUUGGGUCUAACAAGCCUCUCAAAGUGCUUUCUAUUUCGGUCUUGAAUGCAUGUCUUCCAAAGUUAAAACAGUUGGGUGUUUCUGAGGGAUAGCAAUCAAAACUUCUGUACUUAGUGGUCAAGAUGCGUUCCACAUAUAUUUAACUCCAUUCAGUCUAACUUAUUUCCUUGUUAAGUAUAUUCAGUACUCUCGAAUCAUACACUCGUCUUUUUUUUUUCUUUUUAGAACAACGACAAGUGUGGAUACAACGUGGGUGACAAAUAUCCUGAUAACCCUGGGGACAAUAUCAAUGAGAACAGACAAGAACCAAUGGUAACGCUAAGCAAAAACAAAUGCUUCCGGUGUCCCUUAAAAUUAAGUUCUUGAAAUUCGGCAUUUUGGACUUAUCAACAAGCUAGGAGAAAAGCAGUCAGUUCCACCCUUCUCACGUCUCAAAAACUCAUUUGCUUUUAUUUAUCACUUUUGCAAUGUUCACGUUAUCAAGUAAUUGAGACUUCCUUUCUUUCGUUACUUAUGUAGCUAUUUAAAAAUAAUACAAUUUUAAAACUAUCACUCUUUACUUUAAAUAAUCAAACGCUCAACAUUUCUUCUUUUCGUCCAGGAUUCACCUUUUCAACAGGGCUGAUUAUUUUAAUCUGUUUUUGCUUUUUUAGGAAUUUUACAUGAGUGGGUGCUCCUCUCAUGUGAAAACUGAAGUGGAUAUCAUGUGGACAAAUCAGCAUGGAACAGGACCAAAGACUGACGACAGGGUAGAAACACAAGUCAUUUUACAGUACAUGUGCCAGCCGUUCCCGGGAGGCAAAAUGCCCACUGGUAAUGUGGAUACCGACUACGAAUAUCACACCAUUCGAAAUGGUCAAACAUCCGCGUCUAACACAUUUGCUGACCAGAGUCAAGAGUCAAGUCAAAUUUCAAAACAAAACGGACUUCAUGAGCCGUACAAUUACUAUCAAGCUUAUUAUCGCAGAUAUAGAAAUAAAGGUAAGAUUACUGUUUAUCUCUCUCUCUCUCUCUCUCUCUCUCUCUCUCUCUCUCUCUCUCUCUCUCUCUCUCUCUCUCUCUCUCUCUCUCUCUCUCUCUCUCUCUCUCUCUCUCUCUCUCUCUCUCUCUCUCUCUCUCUCUCUCUCUCUCUCUCUCUCUCUCUCUCUCUCUCUCUCUCUCUAUCUAUCAACCCUAGUUUCCGUAUCUAUGUAAGGUCUUUACCCAAAGGGAACCGUUACUGUGGCAACGAUCUUACAAAUCAGAAAAGUAUAAAGGCAUUGAACAAUUAGAAAAUUUGUGUUUCAAAAUACCAAAUCUGCGUGAAAUAAAUUGUGUUUUAACCAGGAAUCGAUCUGUCUUAUGAAAGAAAACGUUUUUCAUCCUUCACAGGCUUAUUCACCGCUGACCAACAGCUUGCUGGCGAUUUAUCAAUUUAUACGCGGCAGAAUAGUCAAGGUACCAUAAGGGGCAUGGAGGUCCCUGAAGAACGCGAUUACUAUCCAUACUGGGGACCCACACCAUGGAAGGAUAUUGCUAUCCUUGUCAGCGAUAAAAAGACUGAGGAGCUGAUGAAGAAAUACGUUAAUAGGUCCAAUUAUGGGCUCAAAUGUAAGACAUUUUAACAGCGAAACUCUUUCAAAAUCGUUCUCCUUCUUCCUAUACUUACUUCUGGCUCCCCUUUCAGAUAUGUGCAUCAUGUCAAAAGGACUUAAGGAUCAAACUGACUGCCCUCCAGACAACCAAGGUGUUGUUGCUAAAAAAUGUGUCGCCAAAUACAUCACCAGGCAAAAGUGUAAAGCGGCUGGAGGGAAUUGGACAAGGUUCAUCACAAAUUACUUGGAGGAGACUGCUGGAGUGUUGAGCACUUGCCGCGGUUACGAUGACAUGAAACUGGCAAAAGGCGUGCCCUACGAAGCACACAAGAUCUCACAAGGAUGUGAUAAUCAGAAACAAUAUGUUCUUCUUAACAGACCUCCUGAAGUGAUCUACGCUCCAUCUACCGUCGUCAACCACAACGGAAUAAACAUGGAAGGCAAAUUUUCUUCUUACAGAUGGAAGGUCCCUUGCUUUCCAUCCAACACAACACAACGUUGUGUAAUACGGAUAAGGUAAGAAAGACAAACAUUCGGUGUACUCCCGAUAACUCGAACCUUCACCGGAAAUUGAAAAAAGGUUCGAGUUAUCAGGCGUUAAAAACAAAGCACUGGAAAAAAGGAAAAAACGCUCUUUACUGUUUUUCUAUUCAUGAAGCAUACAUUUGAAAUCAAAUCGAAUUAUAGAGAAGGCGAUUGAAAUGGAACACUAAAUUACUGAGAAAUCAUAAUGUAACGUAAAAGGAGGCAAAGAAGUAGGAGAGGUGAAGUAUUAAAGUCGAGGUACUUCGAACUUUGCAGUUUUUAAAGCGAACGACGUCGCGGUUCCAGUCAAUGAGGGUAAAAUUAUAUAGAGAAUUAAUUGAAGGGAAACAAAAAUUGUUUCGAGCUUGUGAGAGGUUCGAGUUAUCGAGGGUUCGAAUUUUCAAGGGAAAAAUUGCAUUAAUUGUAUGAUGGAGAUCCAGGGUAAAUCUAUUUUGGUUCCAGUUAGCUCCAGUUUCGAGUAAGCGAGGGUUAGAAUUAUCGGGGUUCAAAUGUAACGUUUUUUAACAGUUAAGCAGUUCGGAAGUUGCUAUUCACUUGGGUAUCACAGAAUCCUUACCAUGUCAAUGAAUUUCAAAUUUUAAGCUAGCUAGUUACAGGACUGGACAAAUUACCAAGAGCUAUAUUAAUUUGCAUAGGCAUGAGGGAACCAAAUUCAAGAAAUGAUGCAUAAAUUGUUACACCCUUGGGUGGAUAUCCAACUUAAAGACUCAGUUUUCGGUAAAUUUUUAAUGAAACUGACUGGGAAUGGUUCUAAGUUAAAUUUUAAAAGACAGUGAAGAUGAUCCCAAAGCCAACAUUACUAUUUGGACCAACUUCCUUUGCCUACUAUGUAUCCAAGUACAAUCAAAUAUAUAUAUAUAGAUGUAUAUAACUUUUAUUUCAGGUACAACAUCACAACUUCUGAUGCACCGAGGGAUUUCGAUGCUAAUGAUAAUCACCGGCAAGUGUCAUCAUAGUUCUUUAAUUACAUCCAUUUUUUAAUUUUUUGAAAUUGGUAAUCCUUGUAAUAUGAUUGGCUCUAUUGGUGUGAGUUAUUCACAAAUCGCACCAUUGUUUGCUCUAAAUCGCAUCUUUUUUCCCAUCCAAUUGGGAAGCUUUACUAAAAAACGCAACCAAAAAUGCAAUUUCCUUUUAAUAGAAACCAAUAAAAUUUCCGGAAAAUGGAAACCAACAUUUGCAUCUCUCUAUAAACCAGCUCACAACUUGAUCAACAAAGCAUUUGUAAAGACUAAUUUUUGCGAUUUUAAGCACAGUUUCUAGAAGGCCAUGUAAAUCAGUUAUAAAUGGGAAGUAUUACUCGUUUGUACAAUUUGUCCCUCAAUUUCUUGGCUGCAUAAGGAAAGAGGGAUUUUAUUUGAGUCUUGAUAGUGAAGCAGGCCCGCGCGAAUUUCAACGGAGAUGAAAUACCAGUGUUCAAGCGAAAAUAUGAAUGGAACAACCCUCAAUUCUCUCGAAGAGAAUUGAGAGUUUCUCUCGAAGAGAAUUGAGAGUUUUUAAGUCUUCUGUAAAAGAAUUUUUAAACUCUAACCAUGCAGUUUCAGAAUUCCUGAAAAUAAUAAUUACUCGCAAUAAAUUAUACAAUGAACGUAAGUAUGUAUAACAUAAAAGAAGAUGAAAUUUGGUGUAAGGAAUGACUGACAGGAUAUCUACUUCAGGACGUUCUUGUUCAAAAUCAUACUGCUGCUAUUUUAUAGAUAGUUAUGUUAAAUUUUAGCCAUCUUGGGGCAACACUUACGGCAUUGUGUAACAGUGUCAUUGUAUCCAUUCCAGAUUGGCCAAUAACCCGACAACAAAAGCUGUUGAUAAUGAAACCGACCUCCAACUAGCUUUGAAUACCGCACAGGUUGGCAGAACCUUUCAAGACAGAAGUCAUGUGAUCAUUCUUAAACCGCGAAACCUUUUGCAACCGGAACAUCAGCAUCGCACCAUUCGCUACAUCGGGGGGAUGGGAAAAAGAGGGAACAUUGUACAGACCUAUCCUGCCAUGGAAUAUCGUUUUUUUCCUGAACGCAUCUCUGUCACAACAGAGGAAAUUGUGUGUUUCGUCUGGUCUGGUAUGAAGAAAAACUUUUAGUUUAAUAGCAAGUUGAAUUGAAAUCUAGGUUCAUUCUCUCCAAGAGAUAAUCAUAGUGCAAAGUUUUUCGCAUUAUUUUACUCUUCUUUCAUAAAAAAACUUACACAGUUUAGCCUAAAAGUAGCUUACAAGCAAUUUACCUUCCCAGUUUUCGUCUGUCCUCCUUUCCUUUUGUUUUACACUUUUCUAAAUUCUUCGUUGUCGACAAUGAUUUAUAACCUUUUACUAAGGUCAAUUUGGUUUCGCUUUUCUUAUGUUAAGUAUGCACCACAGCAUUAUAAGGGCCAUUCAAGACCGUACCCUUACGAAAAUCAUGUUGUAGAUACCUCAAAGACUAAACCAAAAUUGCACUAAUGAUUAUUUUUUGCUAUCUGUUAGGUUCAAACAACAAUCCUUCGAACUAUGACGGACAAGGAACAGCAGGUAACAAAAUGCUGGACAUAUUUAUCACAUUUAUUCCCAAUAAGAGUAACGAUGCUCAGAACAUGUAGAUACUACCGCAAAGAACUUGAAAGAAGGAGGAAUCACGCACAAAGUUUACUAAUACGUUCGUGGGUAUUUUUUAGGUACGGAUCGCACAAACGUUUGCUGGAUUAAGGAAGGGUGUACAACACUGGCCCCGAAAUCUUGUUUCAAUCUCCCUCUUGACGUCAUUGACUACGUUGAAGAUUUUGACGGUUACUUGUUAAAUCUUCACCUCAACUGGGGAUGUUUAGCCCGUAACCAAGUGCUGGAUGACGAGCUUAACAAUGCCCCGCCCUCUUGCAACCCACCGUGCUUCCGCAUCACAAAACCUGGAAAGUACUGUUACAUGGGCACGCGCAAUAACAAUUUCUCCAACCGACGUCACAUUGGUCAAAUCACUGUGACAAGUGCUUGA